AUGUCCUUGUGUGGCCUUUAUCGGGGUAAGAUUUGUCACCAAGAGUUAUACCUUGUAGAGACUCUUCCCCCCACCGUAUCUAAAAAAUGUAUACAUGAGCUUGCUGGAUUGCUCCCGGCGGAAAGGGGAAAUGUUGGCUCUAGCGGACUUGCCUUGUCUUCCCAAUCGGCUGUUGGGGCUACUUUCCCAGCCCAUUCUUCGGCCUCUGCUUCUGCUGAUAUUCUUGUGGCAAGUCAAGCAAGAAAAUUACUACUCCUAUCAGAAAAAAAUGAAGUGUGCGUGUUUAUUGCUGUUCUUGGUGAUGGGUUUGAUAUGGCCGAGCGGAAAGUAGCAGUGGUGCCCACUUCUUCAGAGACAUUGCCUUCUCUGUUUGUUGACUCGCUUACGGCUGAUCUCGGUGCAUGCUCUGUCCUUGGAGGUGCAAUGGGCGUUUUAAGAGGCUUUCCUUCAUCAGACACACCUUACAUGGUUGAAAAAAUAAGGACUUCAUCCCAUACCUUGGCUUCCGAAGCUUACGUUCCAGGCUGGGCGGUUACUAAAGACUCAUUACUUUCGAAAGACAUUGCUGCUCAGGAGUGGAGUUAG